AUGAAACGGAAACAGACUUCUAUCGAUUUGUCUUUAAAAUUGAAAAUUAUAGAGGAAGUUGAAAAAGGUGUGAAAUCAAAUACUAAUAUCGCCAAAGAUUUUGUAAUACCAAAAUCGACUUUGUCAACAAUUUUAAGUAACAAGGAAAAGUUAUUUCAAGCUAUAGCUGCAGGUUCUGUGACACCAACUCAAAAAACAAAGCGAAUAAGACUUGCAAAACAUGAGAAUCUGGAGUCUCAACUAUUAACGUGGCUUAAUAGUGUUCGAAGUGCGAAUCUUCCAGUUAGUGGUCCUAUUAUUCAGGAAAAGGGCGAAAAAAUUGCAGAAGACUUAGAUAUAGAAGGGAUUAAAGGAGAAAAGUGUCAUGGCGGCACGAGAAGUAAACAACGGUUGACGGCUGUUUCUAUCUGUAAUUCAGACGGCAGUGAAAAACUACGUCUUUGGAUAAUAGGAAAGUGGGCUAAUCCAUGCUGUUUUAAAGGUAUUGAUCGAUCAAAAUUGCCGUGUGAAUACAGUAAUCAACGCAAUGCGUGGAUCGAUGAGGCUGCUUUUCGGCAAUGGCUUAUAAAAUUUGAUAGCCGCAUGCGAGUUCAAAAUCGCAGUGUUUUGCUCACUUUGGACAAUUGCUCUGCUCAUAAAAUCAGUUCUCUGUAA